GAAACCCCAGGAUUUUAGUGCUGGGAUCCUGGGAGGGCUCAGGACCUCCAGUCUGGAAGCCACUUUGGGGGUCCUGGCCUUCAUGGAGCGGCUGAGGCACUGUCCAUCAGAACACCAGGCCACGGUGAAUGCUGUCCUGGCUGCCCUGUGCCGCCCUCUCUUCCACCACGAGGAGGCUAAGAUCCGAAGGGCAGCCAUGAGGACCCACCUGGAUCUCCUGCAGCACCGCCACCACCACCACAAGGGUACAGAGGAGAACAUCACGACCCUCAUCGCGGUGCUGAUGCAUGUGGAGGAUGAAGACCUGGAGGUAGCACAGGCUGCGAAGGACAAUCUGAGCCUCCUGGCGGAAGCCCUCCUAUGGCACCUGGAGGGCAAGCUGCUGGCGCGGGACUCUUAUAGCCUGCAGGAGCUGCUCCACAAGAUCGCCAAGCGUCUGAUUCGGCAGCUCGGCACAGAGGACGCCGUGGAGAUGGAGGCCACCAAGAUCCUGGGCUUCUUCCGCAGCGAGCAGCCUUCAGUGAGGAGAACGGCUGCCCUGCUGAUCGGUCACCUGGUCCACAAAAAGGGCAGCAUCCUCACUGAAGGGAACAUAGAGACCUUCCAUGCUGCGCUGGAGAGCUUGCUUGGCGACCAUGACCCCGAGGUCGGGAGAGUUGCCUGCAAGACAGAGAAGAUCGUGAAGAAGGCCUUUUCCCUCCACUCCCGGCACGGGCUGCGGGCUGCCGUUCGGCGCUUGUGGGCGGGCUGUAAGAAGAAGAGACACCCGCCAGAGUACGGUGAUCUCUCCACCUGACCGACUGGAACAACAGCCCCGUGCUCUCCCCUUGAAGAUCAGCAGCUGAAGGGAGGUUCAGGAAAGACCGUGCAGCGCAGGGGCCUCCCAGAAGACCUCCUCCAAGCGCGUGGACACAAGAUCUGUCCACAAGAAGACAUCCAGCAGGGAAGUGCAGUUCUGUCUGAGGAGUGAGGGGGAAGCAGGCUCCACUCCCCUGGCCCAAGGAAGCCCCGCCUCUGGGGUGCAGAAGCCCCUCCCCUUGCUUCUGCUGGCAGGCUGUGGGAGAAGGCUACAGGACCACCCUGCCCCCAAGUGGCCCUUUGGAACCAUUCUUGGGCUUCCCUUGGGUCCGGGGAGGCUGUGUGGCCCCAGCAGGAGGGCAAGGUCACCGCCUCCCUCCAUUUCCACCAGCUGGCCAAGGAGCGCCCCCUCCUCCUUCCACCUUUCUCCCCUUCCCCAGCGGCCUGGCUUCCCCUGGCAGGGGAAGCCCCAUCCAGGCAUCCGCCCCCUCCCCUGCCGAGGGUGUGCUCCUCCCCCCCUCCACUCCCGCAGCCACGCCUCACUCCCCCCUCCGCUCCCUCCUCCUUCCUCCCAAACCGGUGCAGCAGCAGAGGAGCCUGGGAGACUCUGGGGCCCCCCUGCAGCCCCAGUAGCACCCCCUGGUGCUGCCCGGUGGCAGGCCAGAGAAUCCUCCUCUCCCUCCUGCUCCAUGCUGUGGCUGCACAGUGGGAAGCCCGAGGUCAAGCAGAAUUCUCUGGCUUGCCCCCCCCUCAACCCCCAGCCCCCUGCCCAAUCCCCACUUGCUGGGCUGCCGGAGUGGAAAGGGAGGAGGAGCAGGGCAACCCCACUGACGCUGCUUUGUGCUUCUUGCAGGCAUGUGCUGCUGCUGGGAGGCUGGAGGAGUCGAUCCGCCCCAGAAGAGGAGACCAAGUGAACGUGCCUGCAAGGAGCGGGGGUGGGGUGGGGUUGGGGGCUGGCUGGGACUCCCCCCAAUUUUGUUUGCCCUGCCAUUCCCUUCUUCUGUGUGACCCUGGGCUUCCCUCCUUCCCUCCCUCCCUCCCCCUCCCUCUCCCUCCCAGGGACAGAAUGGGCUUUGCUGGUCGCCCUGUUGGGGGCCGAGUAGGAAUUUUUGGCUUUCCAACAGAUUGGCCGAGAUGGAAAGUUUUUUUGCCUACUCCAUUCUGUCCUGUUUUGUUUCCUUUAGUUAGAAAGUUAAGUGAUGACUUGUAACCUAUUUAAGUAUAUUAAUAAAGUUGCCCCUUUUGUUAGAAACCA